AUGAACUACUUUGGAGGUAAUGAUCAAAAUGAUGAAGCAAAGUUUAGGAACCCCAAAUUUGUGUCCUUGCUGAACCACUUGAGAUUCUACCUCCCAGAAAUACAUCCUUCUCUUGAAAAAGUAGUGCUUCUCGAUGAUGAUGUUGUUGUCCAAAAGGAUUUAACUGUUCUGUUUUCGCUAGAUUUGCAUGGUAAUGUGAAUGGAGCUGUAGAGACUUGCCUUGAAGGAUUUCAUCGGUUCUACAGGUAUCUUAAUUUCUCAGAUACGAGGAUUAGCGCUAAGUUUGAUCCUCAAGCUUGUGGAUGGGCAAUCGGGAUGAAUAUUUUCGAUCUGAUAGCAUGGAAGAGAGCUAAUGUAACAUCUCGAUAUCACAACUGGCAAGAGCAGAAUGCUGACAGAAUGCUUUGGAAAACUGGCACGCUUCCCGCUGGGCUUCUAACAUUCUAUGGUUUAGUCGAGCCAUUGGAUAAGAUGCAUGUGCUUGGUUUAGGCUAUGACUUGGAGAUUGAUGAUAGAUUAAUAGAGAGUGCUGCAGUUGUGCACUUCAAUGGGAAUAUGAAGCCAUGGCUGAAGUUGGCAAUCAGCAGGUAUAGGCAUUUGUGGGAACGGUAUGUGAAUUUUGCACAUCCAUACCUCAAAGAUUGUUUUAUGCACUGAAGCAAUGCGAUUUUUCUUUGCUUCGUUCAUGUUUUUGUUUAGAGUGCUAAAAUUUUAGAUUUAGAUUUAUUAUAUCUUAUUUCCCCCAUUGUUAUCACAAUUUCUCUUUUGUAAGUGUCGGGGAAAAAAAA